AUGCCUCCCGCUGCUCGAACCCUCAGGCAGCGCGCCGUCACUAACGAGAAUGAUGAGAACGCCGCCACGACACGCUUGACGCGUGCAAAGGCCGCAAACCUCGGCGCCAAUGAGUCUGCUGCCGACGUUCCCAAGAAGACUCUCCAGACGAAGAAGUCAACUGCCACCCUCGGCGCCAACGGUGCCGCGACACGGAAGCGCGCCGCCCUCGGUGAUGUCAGCAAUGUCACCAAGACGGACGCCGUUGGUGCUGGCGCGAAGGACGGAAAGAAGCCACUGGCCACCAAGGGCGCAGUCUCAAAAGCAGCACAACCCACCGGCAUCAAGAAGUCAUCGCGGGCCAACUCGACACGUUCCAUCUUGGAACCCAAGGACAAGAACAUCACCUCAUCCGACGUGAAGAAACGCCAAGCUAGCGGUAACGGUAUCGCCGGUCAGCCCGCCAAGAAGCGCAUGCAAGUCAAGCCAGUGAAGGAGGAGAAGGAGGAAGACAUCGAGGAGGUUGAUGAAGAAGAAGAGGACGAGGCUGAGAACGUCAAGCCAGAGGAGAACGUCACUGAGGACACCAAGCCAGUCAAUGGCACAAAGAAGGAGGUUGAGGCACCCAUCACAGAGGUCUUCUAUGACGGCCCGGAUCUAGACAAGGAGGAUGUCGAUGACCCAUUAAUGGUCUCGGAGUAUGUCGUCGAGAUCUUCGAGUACUUGAAGGAGCUGGAGAUUGCGACCAUGGCCAACCCAGACUACAUGGAGAGCCAGACUGAGCUUGAGUGGAAGAUGCGCGGUAUCCUCGUCGACUGGUUACUUGAAGUUCACACUCGCUUCCGCCUCCUUCCAGAGACCCUCUUCCUCGCUGUCAACAUCAUUGACCGCUUCCUCUCUGCCAAGAUUGUCCAGCUGGACCGUCUCCAGUUGGUCGGUGUCACUGCCAUGUUCAUCGCCUCCAAGUACGAGGAGGUCCUCUCGCCCCACGUCCAGAACUUCCGUCACGUCGCCGACGAUGGCUUCACCGAGGAGGAAAUCCUUAGCGCUGAGCGCUUCGUCCUCGCUGCUCUCAACUACGAUCUCAGCUACCCCAACCCCAUGAACUUCCUUCGCCGGAUAUCAAAGGCCGACAACUACGACAUCCAGACCCGUACACUGGGCAAGUACCUCCUCGAGAUUGGCUGCCUAGACCACCGCUUCCUCGCCCACCCCCCAAGCCAGGUCGCCGCUGCUGCCAUGUACCUUGCUCGUCUCGUCCUCGAGCGUGGCCCUUGGGACAACACCCUCACACACUACGCCGGCUACUCCGAGGAGGAGAUUCAGCCUGUCCUGCAGCUGAUGAUCGACUACCUCUCUGGACCUGUCGUCCACGAGGCCUUUUUCAAGAAGUAUGCUAGCAAGAAGUUCUUGAAGGCAUCUAUUGUUCUCCGCAAGUGGGCCAAGGACUACGUUGCUGCCUAUGGUAACGCGCUCCAAGAAGAAGAAGAGGCCGCCGUUGUUCCGUCCAAGAACAAGAGCCAGCGCUAA